UCGCGACGCAAAGAGCAAAGUGCAAAACCCCCCUGAUAGCCCUUUGCCUUUACCGCCCGCGGUUGUCUCCCAUGGCGAUUCCGGAGGAGGUGCGCCGCUACUGGCUGCCGAUCCUCUUCGCCGCCGCCGGAUUCCUCUUCCAGCUCCUCGUCCUGCCCAAAUCAUUCCCGCCCUCCCACUACGACGCGCUCGGAGUCGAGAGGUAUGCGCCAGUCGAGAGGGUGGUCGAGGCCUACGAGCGGCUCUCCAAGGAGUGGCUUGCUGAAACGAAUCACCAGUCAACUGUUGAUAUUAUAAAGAUCCGUUAUGCGUAUGAGCUGCUGACAAAUCCAAUUUUGAAGCGGGAUUAUGAUCUUUUCGGUCUGGAUCAGCAUAUGGAUGUCCUCGAGAGAGUCAAAGAACAAUAUCAAAAGGAGCACUUUCUGAAAAUAGAUCUCCCAUUGUUAAAAGAUUCUUCAGUUCAUUCUGUAGAUCAUGCCUUCAAUGUACUCACAUAUGAGUCAUUCUUGUCUGCUAUUGCUGAAAAUUACCCGUUGCUCAUACUGGUUUAUUCAAAGGGCAGUCCUCGUUGUGCUCAAUUUAUUGAGUACUGGAAGCAAAUUGACACUCGAUUGGAUGGUCUGGCCAACACUGCUAUGAUAGAACUUGGUGAUGUGCAAUUGGCUGGGCAUUUUGCAGAAAAAAGGUUCUCUAAACAACCAUUUUUUCGCAAUGGUAUACCAGCUCUUGUUGCAUAUCCUGCUAACUGCAGAAGUCCAUCCUGUUACAUGAGGUACCCAGGUGAGCUAUCUGUGGAUUCUGUUGUUGACUGGGUGGCAUCAUCAAUUGUUGGCUUACCUCGGAUCUUGUACUAUUCAAAGGAGACAUUGGGGCCCCAGUUCAUUGGGAAGACUGGCCCUCAUAAGGUCAAGGUUAUAUUUUUUUCAAGCACCGGGGAGCGUGCUCUUCCAUUCCUUCGCCAAGCUGCUCAAGAGUAUUCAAGCUAUGCGUCAUUUGCAUUUGUCCUAUGGAGAGAAGAGGAAUCACAGAUUUGGUGGAAUUCGUUAGGAGUGGAAUCGGCUCCUGCAAUUGUUUUCUUGAAGGGACCAGGCGCCAAGCCUGUUGUAUACCAUGGAACUUUUAGUAAGUCAGAGUUCACAGAGAUAAUGAAGGAGCACAAGCACCAAGAACUGCCGCAGCUAAGAAGUGACACAUCUUUGGAACUGGGUUGUGAUGCUAGAGGCCACUCGCGUGCUAGAAAAGAAGACACAAUGAUAUGGUAUUGUGUAAUUGUUGCUGGGCGUCCUGGUGUAGAACUAAGUAACAAGAGACAGAUUUUGCGGAAGGCUCAAGACCAACUAAUCAGUUCUGUUGAUGCAAGUACUACUGGGAGUGCGAAUGAUUUAGUAGAUGUGUCAAGUGCUGCAACUGCCUUAAAAGAUGACAGGUUGACCUUUGUCUGGUUAGAUGGAGAACUACAGAAGAAAAUUUGUGCCUUCUACCUUGCCACUGAUUUCAAUGGAGCCUGUGGUCCUAGAGGCUUUGGAGAUGAUAAUGAUAAGCCUGAAGUGUUCAUUGUUCGUUUCCAAAGGAAUGCAACAUACGAGGCGUUGAAAGCUGAGAAAAAGAAUAAUCUUAUCGAGACUCUCCAGGGACAGGAUGCUGCUGAUGCCUCCCAGCUAGUGGCUAGGUAUAACGGCCCAGAUGAAAUUCAAGAGAUAAAGAGGUGGAUCUCUAAGAUUAUCACAGAUGGAGAUAUUAGAGAAAUUCCUUACUUUACUUCAAAGGUACCUGAUCUUUUACCCGAGGAAACACGCAAGGAAUGGUUAAGUGGUACUAAAAGUAUCCGCUCAGCAGGAAAAAGUUUAAAGGAGAGGGUUCAAAACAGUGGCUUCAAUUUCAGAGAGUACCUGACUGACCCAAGGGUUGGUCCAACUUUGCUGUUGUGUGCAUGCAUUUCAUGGGGAACAAUAUGGUUCAAGCACAGCCAAUCAACUAAGAACUCUUCACAGGCUGAAGCUCCUAAAGACAAGGCUGCUAAACGCCGCCGUCCAAAGCUUAGCACGUCACUAUUUGGUCAACCGGAGUCUGUCGCUGAUCCUGAACCCAAAGAUGCUCGUCAGUGGGAGAUGGAGGACUCAGAUUCAGACUGAUGAAUUAGUCCAAGAACGAGCUAAACUUCGCUAAUUUUUUUACAGUUGAGUGAUAUAUAGGGCUAGAUUAGGUUAAUGCCCUGGAAAGCAUGACCAAUAUCAAAGGAAAGACGAUGACACCUAUGAUCUUUCUGAAUGUAAGAGGGUCUAAUAGCAUGGGUCUAUCAUGUAUCUGGAUGCUGACAUAGCCUCUUACAGAGUGUCUAACUAUUGUUAGAAUGCUACGUACUAGAUUUUGAAUUUGGUACUUUUGAAGGUGGAGGUGAAUGGACGGUUGACACCUCCGUUAUCCCACAAAUACAAAUAUUUGAAACAGUAUAAAUAUGAGGCAGGAGUCAUCACAAGGA